AUGGAACAAAUCAACUCUAAUAAUAGUAAGCGUUUAAAGCAAAUAGAAAUCUUUAACAAAUACGCUUCUUUUAUUGAUUUUCAAAAAGAAAAAGAAUCUAAAGACUUUCGUAAAGUCCAACAUGCACACAAAGGAACUAAAAAUGGUCAAUUCGUUCUAUUUUAUGAUGAUUUCAUUAACUUAAUUACAAAUUCCAAAAAUGAUAAUACUAAUGCCUUUAAUUUGAAUCUGAUACCCAAGGAAUCAUUCGGCUGUAUCUUUUUAGCAAUGGAUGAAAAUAAUAAAUCUUAUCUCACUUUAAAUGAUUGGUUUUAUUUCAAUAACAUUCUGCAAUGUAAUAAUUAUCAAUUUUUAAUCCUUUAUGAAUUCUUAAGAAAAUUUGAUACAAAUAUAAACACAAAUAUACCCUCGAAGUCAUCAAGGAAAAAUAAAUUCAUCAAUUAUAGUAAUAAAUUUCUAAGUUUUGAUCAAUUACUUUUAAACUUAAAGAAUUUAAAAUUUACAAUCAAUUUAUUACAUGAAACUGUCGUUAAUGAUGAAUUUUUAAAACAAAAGAAUUUAUAUCUAAAUUGGGAUCAUUUUAAAUUUUUGAAAUUUUAUCAAUUUUUCCCAUAUAGAAAUAGUAAUGAUGCUACUGACGACAUUACUAAAAGAAAUCAACCUUAUUUGACUUUAAAUUCUUUAAUUACUAUACUACAAAAUGAUUUAAAACAGGAAAAAUUAUUUUUAGGAUUUGAAAAAUUGGCAAGAUUUGAUUCAGAGAAAAAUGCAUUAACCAUCAAUAGAUACCAAUUAUCUUACCUUUUGAAAUUAUUCUAUUCUCAUAAAGUUUCCAGUUAUAUUUUUGAUUCAUUGGAUUUAUCAAAUACAAAAUUGAUUAAAUCAAAUAAUAAUUCAAUCACUUUUAAUGUCUUUAAAGAUAUAUUAUAUUUAUUCCAAAAUUUUGAUAUCAUAAAUCAAUUACUAAUUAAAUAUUCCAAAACUAUUCCACAAAAUAAAAAUGCAACAUUAGAGCAAAAACAACAACAAAUCAUAACGAAAAAUGAUUUCAUCACUUUUCUUAAUUCUGAACAUAAUAAAAUUAAUAAUGUAAUUCAAUUUUCUCCAUCACAAAUCAAUCUUUUAUUUUCAAUUGUAGAAAAUUUUAAAAAAAUAUUUAUCAUCAUCAAUAUAUUGAUAAAUUCAUUCAAAUUGAAUCAAUUAAUUCACAAAAUCAAAACAAUCAUUUCUUACAUGAAAAAUUUAAUGAACAUUAUAAUGAUCAAUCAAAUAAUUUUAUUCAAGAUAUUGAUCUUUUUCAACACUACCACAGCAAAUGAUACAUAUCCUUAUUAUUUUUUAUCAAACAAUGAAUUAACCAUUGAUGAUUUUAUGAAAAUUGUAAACCCUAAUUAUUUAAAUGAUUUAAUUCAUCAAUUAGAACUAAACAAUCUUAUCGAUCAAUCAUUAUAUAUAAAUUAUUAUUUUUAUCCCAUUUUUGAUUCCAUUUUCAAUUUCUCAUUGGGAUCCAUAGCUGGUUGUAUUGGUGCUACAAUAGUAUAUCCAAUUGAUUUCAUCAAGACAAGAAUGCAAGCUCAAAGAUCUCUAACUAAAUAUAAAAAUUCCGUUGAUUGUUUAAUUAAAAUAGUCUCAAAGAAUGGUAUAAGAUCAUUAUAUUCAGGUUUAACACCACAAUUAAUUGGUGUCGCUCCUGAAAAGGCAAUAAAAUUAACAAUCAAUGAUUUAAUGAGAAAUAAAUUAUCUGGUAGGAAUAAUAGAGGAAAUUUGAAAUUAUCAUAUGAAAUAUUAUCUGGCGCAACUGCAGGACUUUGUCAAACAAUCGUUACCAAUCCAUUAGAAAUUAUUAAGAUUAGAUUACAAGUAAAAUCUUCUAAUUCAGAAAUUAAUGCAUGGAAAAUUAUUAAACAUUUAAAAUUUAAUGGUCUUUAUAAGGGAAUCACUGCAUGUUUAUUGAGAGAUGUACCAUUUUCCGCAAUUUAUUUCCCCACUUAUGCACAUUUGAAGAAAGAUUUAUUUAAAUUCGAUCCAAAUGAUAAAUUUAAAAAGAAAAGAUUGAAAACAUGGGAACUAUUAACUGCGGGGGCAAUAGCUGGUAUGCCAGCUGCAUUUUUGACAACUCCAUUUGAUGUUAUUAAGACAAGAUUACAAAUUGAACCUAAACCUGGUGAAGUUGCUUAUAAGGGUAUUUUCCAUGCAUUUAAAACUAUUUUCGAGGAAGAAAGCUUUAAAUCAUUUUUCAAAGGUGGUGGUGCAAGGGUACUAAGAAGUUCACCACAAUUUGGUUUCACUUUGGCUGCUUAUGAAAUAUUCAAAAAUUUGUUCCAGGGACAAAGUAUUGAUACUGGUAUUGAUACUGGUACUGGUAGCGGCAAUCUUAAUGACAACCCAAGUUUGCAAUCUGCCAAAAGUAACAACGUUUCUCCAAUAACUGGUCCGUUCAAUUCAUAUUUUAAAUCCUUAGAUAAUUCUUCUUAUACAUCAAAAGAAAAUAAAGAAUUACAUACUAAUAAUGACAAACUGCGAAGGAAAGCAAAUACAAGUAAUAAUAAUAGACAAUAUUAUAGUGAUAAUUAUUAUCCAAAUUAUUACUAUAAAAGUUGUCAAAUAUCAAAGACUUUUAUUGACUUGGAUAAUAAUUUUGCACAUUUUGAUUACUCAGUUUAUAAAAAAUUCAGAGAUUAUUUAAAUAGUCUAAAUAAUUAA